AUCUAAAUUCUUGCCCACGUGCUGAGUUCGUGACCUUGACCCACGACUCAUUCAUCACAACAACACAACAAAACGGUGUGAUAACAUGGCAAAUGUUUUAAAACUUAUCCGGAAGAGAAAUUUACUUUUGAUCAGCCAUUCGAGAAAGCAUCCAUUAUAUUCUGUACAAACAUUUCCUAAAUCUACAUUAGGAGCUGAAAUCAAGGAUGCCGAAAGUUUAUCUAAGCUGAACGACAAUGAGGAAAAACAACACAAACUUGAUCUGACGUUUGGAAAUGCCGAAGAGGCUUUUCGCAGCAAAAAGACAUCAGAACUUGUUCGGGCACUAUUUGUAUUCAAUCUGUGUUCGGUUGAAUUUUUGGUAAAAAACAAUACCGAGAUUUUGAAAUGGAGUCGGAGGUUGCUAGGAAAGACUUUAUUUACAACACUAAUGAAAGGAACAUUUUAUGGCCAUUUUGUGGCAGGAGAAGAUCAGAUUGCCAUUAGGCCUCUUGUUUCAAGAAAUCAACAGUUUGGUGUGAAGUCUAUACUUGAUUACAGUGUAGAGGAAGAUCUUUCAUCAAAACAGGCCAAAGAGGCAGAGGCAAAGGGUUGUGUUCCAGAAAAUCAGCCACCUCUAGAAGAAUUGGGUCAUAAAAAGGAGCAUCCACAACACCCAGAACAACAGAGAUUUGCUGCACAUGAAGAGUUUUUAGAUAGACGUGAGAAUGUCGUCAGUGCCAGGACCUAUUUCUAUGACGAUGAGGCCAAGUGUGAUGAGAACAUGAACAUAUUCCUUCAAUGUGUUGAUGCUGUAUCAGGUUCAACUAAAAGUACGGGAUUUGUUGCCAUCAAACUUACCGCCUUGGGAAGACCACAAUUCUUGCUUCAGUUAUCAGAAUUAUUGGUUAUAACUAGAAAACUUUUUGAGAAGUUCGCUGGAGAAGGAGAUAUACUUUUAAAGAAGUUCCGUCAGGAAGAGUUCCAGAAAACAUUAGAUGUGAUGGGUGUACCAAUAUCUAGGGACCAGACAAAAAGAUGGUUCUCUAUACUAGAUAUAUCCCAAGACGGUGAAGUAGACUUAUGGGACUGGGAUAAUCUGCUAGAAGAAAACCUACAAUUGUGUAAAUUACUGAUCGUCCCUAAUAAAGAGACAGGAAUACCAGAACAAAUGAUGGAAGGUUUAACAGAAGAAGAAGAUGAACAGUUGAAAAACAUGUUGAAAAGAUUAAAUACUAUAGUGGAGUAUGCAAAAGAAAAAGAUGUAAGAGUUAUGGUUGAUGCUGAACAAACCUAUUUCCAGCCAGCUAUAAGUCGUAUAGUUAUAGAAAUGAUGAGAAAAUUUAACAAGGAUAAAGCUAUAGUCUUCAAUACAUAUCAGACCUAUUUAAAGGCUUCAUUGACCAAUUUAAAAGUAGAUUUAGAUUUAUCAAGGAGAGAAAAUUUUCAAUUUGGAGCCAAACUGGUUAGAGGAGCGUAUAUGGAACAGGAGAGAGAAAGAGCUGCCUCUGUUGGUUAUGAAGAUCCUAUAAAUGCUGAUUACAAUGCUACAACAGAUAUGUAUCAUGCCUGUCUAGAGGAAGUCUUCUAUCAGAUAAAUCAAAGACCGUUGGGACAAAUAGCUGUAAUGGUGGCCAGUCAUAAUGAAGAUACGGUUAGAUUUGCUGUAGAAGGAAUGGAUAGACAUGAUAUUAAGAAAUCUGAUCGACUAAUCUGUUUUGGGCAGCUGUUGGGCAUGUGUGAUCAAAUCAGCUUUCCACUCGGUCAAGCAGGCUAUUCUGUGUACAAAUAUGUCCCCUAUGGUCCUGUAGAAGAAGUCCUGCCAUAUUUGUCUCGCAGAGCAAUGGAAAAUAAAGGAAUUCUUAAAAAAGUCCAGAAAGAAAAAUCUCUAUUGUGGAAAGAACUAAAAAGAAGAGUAAAAGCAGGUCAAUUGAGAUACAACCCAUUAGAGAACUCUACUGUUGGAUGAACGAAUAUUAGGAAUUUGGAACUCAUUAAACCGAAUUGAUUUCUACGGAGCAUAUAUAUACUGUGUAUUACAGAUAUUUUAAUGUACUAUUUAUUUGCACAACCAAACUGAUGACCUAUCAAAAUUUGUAUUAACAAUUUACAUAACUUAAUUUUAAUACUGCAGAUUCAUUUAUUUUCGUGGGUACCUAUUUUCAUGGAUUCAGAAAAACUUACAUGUAUGUGGAUACUUGAUUUCAGGGUUUUGCUGAAGUCUGCAUACAAAUGCAAGCUUAUAGAAAGUAUGUUAUUCUUUGACAUUUAAUUUCAUCUAAGGUUCACCUGUACCAAUGAAAUCCAUGAAAAUUGGUAUCCAACAAAAUAGAAAUUAAUCGGCAGUAAGCAGCUAACAAGUCAAAACUGAAUCUCGUAGAAUACUCAGAUGAUAAUGUUGUAAAAAUGUCUGUGAUAUUUUUAUUUUUUAUCUGUUUAACUGUUUAUGUAGAGUGUUUAUUUUUGUACACUCAAUGAAAACCUUAAAAUGUGGAUUAUCCAAAAACAAAAGAACCACCUUUUGCAAGUAAUCUCUAUAACCAGGUUUAAGAGUAGACAGGCUUCAUUGAUUUGGAUUUUUUGUUUCUAAGGAAAUGAAAAUCAAUUCACUGAUUGUUAAAUACUGGUGUCUUAUUUUUUUGUAACAUGUAGUUUAAAAUAAAAUAUGAAGCUUUAAUAAGACAUCAUAUAUGCAUUUAAGUUCAUUGUAAGAUUUAUUUAUUGUGUAAACAUUUAUAACAGUAAAUUCUGUAGUCAGAAUAUUGUAAAUGUUUUUAUCCAUCAACUAUGAAAAUGUUUUUUCAACAAUUCUAGUACCUAGUGCCUGCCAAAAAGAUGUCUUUGGUCAUUUAUAAACAAACACUCUUAUUUAAGACUGUUUUCCCUGUUUAAACCAUGUAAAUAUUUUAUAAUCCCCACAUAGGUGCAUUAUGUUUUAUCAGUUUGUGCGUUCAUUCUUCUAUUUAUCCCUCUUCUGGUUAAAGUUUUUAGUCAAGAUAGUUUUUGAUGAAGUUGAAGUCCAAUCAACUUAAAAACUUAGUACACAUGUUUCCUAGAUAUGAUCUUUCUGAUUUUAAUGCAAAAUUCUUACCUGCCAACUUUUCAAAAUGCCCAUGGGGGUUUUGCGUGCAAGAUGGCUGUCAUAGUCCUAAAAAACCUUCAAGGGGGUCUUUAAAUACAUUUUAAUGUUGUUUUUUGGCCGCUUCAUACUUUUAUUAGCCUUAAGUCUCUAAAUGUAAUUGUUUUGUUUAAAAUUGUGGACAAAAUUGCUGUUUCAAAAUUUCCAUUUGGGAGCCUCCAUGGGGGAAAAUUCCCCGCAAAUAGUGACAGUUGGCAGGUAUGAAAAUUAGAGUUUUCACAGUCCACUGAACAUGGAAAAUGAUAGUGCGAGUGAGGCAUCUGUGUACCAUAUGCAUGGACACGUUAUUGAUUUAAUAUAAUGUGAUUUACCGAUUUACAAGCUUGAAGUUAGCAGAAAGAUAUUAUUUUUAGGCUCUAUUUGUACGGGCAUGUAAUUCAUUUUCUCAAAUAACUUCAAUUUUAUCUUAAAGUAUCUGCAGGGUAAAGAUAUAUCUUGCCAGGAAUGUAUGCUGUAGAUUAUAUUAGUCCUUAACAUUUGUCUGUUGUCAUUUUAGGGUAAUUAAAGAUGGGAUCUUUGAUUUGAGUCUUUGCCCCAAUUUUGUGUAAAGCGAAAAAGACCAUUUCAAGAAUACUCAUUCAUUUACACAUUUGUUUCUGUUUACAAAUUUGUUUCUGUUUCCACAUUGUAUAUUAUAGCAUAUUAAAUUUCAUAUUUUAUCUACUAUAAAUUCAGAAAUUAUUGCAUGUAUUUAUUAUGACAAUUUUUUAAGAAAAGACCAAAAAUUUUGAUUAUUGUUUGUGAUCUCAUGAAAAUCUGCUUACAGAUAAAUGCAUCAGAUAUCAGAAUACUAGUUCUCAUUUUUGGGAUAAUCACUGAGUCACUUUAUUUGGACUAAUAAAAACCUCACAAUAAUUUCUGAAUUUGCAAUAUUUUAUGUUUUUGUAAAGUAAGAGUUAUUUCCCUUUUUGCAAGUGUAACUUGAAUUUGUUAUAUAUCAAAUAAACAGUAAUUUUUUAAAGGAAAUGACUCAAAUUUGAAUCGUCAUUGAUGCUUGAAAAGUUUUAAUUUUGUAUAGUUCACAAGAUUAAUUCUACAUGCAAAUACUUCUACUCCCUUAAAAAGAAGAAAUCUUAUAUCAAGAACAUUUUGAAUCUCAAGUGUUUCCCUUAACUCUGAUAAUUUGCAAUCUUCAAAGCUUUCAAUACACAUUUUACAAAUAUUAUGAAAUUUCUCUUCUAUGCCCCUGGUGAAACACCUAAUUAUUUGUAAUUUUCUUUUAUCCUUUUACAUUGAAUCUCAAAACCAAGCUCAUAGAUAUUUCCUAGUUUUGCACAUUUUAUUUAUUUAUUAAAUAUCCAAGAUACUGCUGUAGUCAUAUGAAAAUUACCAAUCUAUAACAAUUCUGUAUUUUCAACAGCUGUAGUGACCAUCAGUAAUAUCAGUUGUGUAUUUUUUUCUUUGUGGUGACCAUCUAUAACAUUUAUUUUGUAUUUUUACUUUGUAAUUUAAAUGUUUAUUUAUGAAUCUCAUUAUCUGAAACUGUUUUACAUCUUCUGUUAGUAUUGAUUAAAAUACAUGUAUUAAUUUGUAAGGCUUCAUUGUUAUUAUUGUGUUGAAAUGACUGUCACAGAAUGCAAAACUUAAGUAUGAUAAUGCAUUAGCCACAUCUUGAACUAUUUACUGUAAAUUCUGAAAUUAUUGUGUGCAUUUACUGAGAUUUUGAAGAAGGAGCAAUGUUCGGGAGUUCAAAUACAGCUAUGCAAUUUAAUGAAAAGCUACAUACAGGUACAUAUACAUGUAUUCGAUAACAGAAUAAGACUUUCUGUUAUUGCAUUGGUCAAUUAGUCACUAUAGUCUUUCAAAAAUGGCUAAAAUAUGUUGCCAUGCAAAUUUAAAAUUUGCAGAUCUUUUUCAAAUUUAUCUGAAAGUCUAAUAUGGUGAACAAGGUCUAACACCAGAAACAUGACAUUGACCUCUUUUAUAUAGUCAUUUCACUUUUAAAUGGAGUUUCUUGAGGACCAAGUUAUUUGAACUUUCAGAGUUCCUUUAUUUAACACAUACUAUGACUGCUAAAAUGUAACAAUAUAUCUUUCUUCUUGACAAUUAAGACAAAUUAGAUUUGAAAAAUUGGUAGCUGUGACCUCCAUUUUACAUUCCUUAUUUAUAAUUCUUUACAAGUCCUUCUGUGUUCAUUUGAUGUUUCAGAAUUCUUUGUUCAUAAUAUUUAUACAAUGAGAUGGAAUGUUUUACAUUUUCUGUUUUAUUAUUUUUUAAGUGGUUUUAUUUAUUAAUGCAGAUGUUCUUUUUGCAAGCAUACCCAUGGCUUUUAGCUGAUCUGUCCUUUGGUUAGAUAUAUGCUAUUUAUUUAUUCUAAUUAAAAGAUUUUUUUUACAAUUAUGACACAUCAGAAUCAAAGAGAAUGUAACACAUUUAAAGUAGCACAUGUUCAUUUUCCACCUUAUUAUGUAGUCAACAAAGGAGAAAUUAUGAUAAGGCUUGAAAUUAGAUCAACCAUUCAAGUGUUACAAAAAUAUCAAG